AUGUCAAUGUUCCGGUCUGCCGCAGAUAUCUCGUCUUUAGAUCCCGAAUCAAGCUCAGAUGAGAAUGACUUUGUGGAGGAGACUACUUCCGACGAGCACAGCAACCAUGGGGCGGACGACGUCGAGAAGGGUGACUUGUUUGAUGCCCUUGACCAGUUCGUGGAAGACCAGGAAACUCCCCCUGGGAGUGCCCAGCCUGGGAGUGCACAAGACCUGGGCGCAGCGCUCGACCUUGACGCCGAGGGACACGCAACCGUCAUGACGUCGGCCUUGCUUGAAUUCUAUUGCUUGAGCCGCGCAGCAGACAUUCUGAAUGCGCAGCCAGGGUCGCACGGCCAGUUCACACGCGAUUCGCCAGAGGUGAAAUAUCUCGGCAGGAAGAUGUACGCGUACCAGUCUCAAUUUCUGUCGUCCCAUGGGAUCAUGGCUGGCGGGAUCGACGGCGAAGAGUGGGGAUCGACAAGGCAGUAUUAUCGCGACAGUCUCGACAUGCUGGGCAUGACCGCCCUCGAAGGGAUCAAUCUCAAUGCCUCCGCUGGACAACCAGCCUCUCGAGGUGCCAUAAAGGAUUCUGCGCAGAAUAAGGGAGGCUGGGAACUGCAAAAACGCAUCCCAGGCAGUGGAAAUUAUAGAGGGCGUCUGGAACACCAUGUCAACCUGACGAACCUGCUACAGCUCCCGCCAGCCACGCCGUCGGAGUCUUCAGCGCUUCUGCCACUGCUAAGCGCUCCGUCUGCUCCGGUUGUUGACCGCUCGUCUAGGUAUGCUGUGGAAUUCACCGAGAUAAAGGUGCUUGGACGGGGUUCGUUCGGACAAGUCUUCGAAGUUCGGAACCAUGUCGACGGGCAGAACUACGCGGUGAAGAAAAUCCCGUUGAGCAAAAGGAGGCUGCAGAUGUUGCAGCAGGGAGGCAUCCAGCAUCUGGAGCAUAUCAUGAAGGAGAUACGGACGCUGGCGCGCCUGGAACAUACCAACGUCGUACGCUACUACAGCGCCUGGUUGGAACAAGCGCAUACAUUUCCGGACGAACAGCCAUUGGACGAGAGUCAGUCUCGAACUGAGAUUCUACAUGACGAGACUGGAGAGGAGGAACAGAGCUUUGGGAUCGUAUUUGAAAAUUCAGAAGCUGCAUCGUUUGAGGACGGCUCCAAAUCCGCAUCCAGCCAGCAGAGGGAAACCUCUUCGAGCGGAAACCAACGCCGCAGCAGUCGCUUCACCACCGGGUCGAACCGGUCAAACCGAUCGAAUCGGUCUAAGAGGAGUUCGAAUCAUAGUCUUGGCGACGAGGAGGACGUCGAGUCCAUUCCGCGAAAUUUCAGCAUUCCCUCCAGUGCACUGACUCGGACAUCGACCUGGGACGAAACAGAGGGCGACAUCUUCACGGACGGGUUAAGCGAAGACCCGUCCAGAAUGCAGCUCAAGUUCCGCGGUGGCUCGCACGCUCCAGCCGUAGUUUUGCACAUCCAAAUGUCACUGCAUCCUCUCACUCUGAGCACCUAUUUGAAUCCGCAGACCAGCAGCCACCGGAACAAAGCCGACCGCGCACCCUCACCGCGCCAUUGCUUCCAUCUCCUGCCGUCCCUGAAGAUCCUUCUGGGAAUCCUGUCUGGCGUCGAAUAUCUUCACUCCAAGGGCAUCGUCCAUCGCGAUCUCAAGCCGGCCAACAUUUUCCUCUCUGUGCAAGACGACGCACGCGACUCGUGCGCGAAAUGCCAGCGUGAGAGCGGAGACGUUCGAAAUCCCUAUUUCCCGAGAAUCGGCGACUUUGGCCUGGUGGCGGAUAUCUCGCGAGAGCACUGUGCGGACUCCUCUGACGCAGCAACCGGUGCGGUCGUAGUGCAAGACAGCAGUCCGCGGAAGGUUCGACAUGUCGGGACGGAGUUCUACUGCCCGCCGAUGCCGCAGGGCGGGCUGAAUGAACACGACGAUAGUCACUACACGAUUGACGAGAAGUUGGAUGUCUUUGCGCUGGGCGUGAUCCUCUUCGAGCUCGUAUACCGGCUGAACACCAAAAUGGAGCGCCAGAUGGUGCUGUUCGAUCUCACGCGAGGCGGCGGGCGAUAUGCCGGCGCCAUUCUCCCGGCAGACUUUGCGGAGAAGGUGGACUGCGGAGGGGUGGUGCUGGGCGAUGAUGGCAUCUCGGUGGCAGAGUCACUGUCGACGUGCAUCAAGGGCAUGCUAGAACCAGACUCGAGGAAGAGAUGGGGGUGCAAGGAUGUGCGGCGGUGUGUGGAGAGUCUGGUGGCGCUGGCAGAAAUAAAGUGA